CAUCUAAUUUUGUAGAAAAACGUUUGCUCUACAAAAUGCAUUUGUUAAAAAAAUUCCAGAAUCAUUUCUUAGAAAACUCGGAGUAUUCGAAAAAUACAUUAAAUCACGGAAAAAAACUGUCCGAACAGUUUUUUUUUUUCGUAAUUUAGUAUAUUUUAGAAUGCUCUAAGUUUUCUUAGAAAUGGUUCUGGAAUUCUUUUAACAAAUGCAUUUUGUAGAGCAAAUAUUUUUCUACAAAAUUAGAUGUUUUACAGCUCUGAGAGAAUCGUGAUAACUGAUUUAUAGCAAUUCUCCCGGAUGCCCCAAAAGGUCUUCCGGCCAGACUGAUCAUCGCCAUAUAAUAUCACACAGCCAUUACCACAACAGCCUACGAGUUAUGUAUCCUACUACUUAAUGAAGAAUUGUAUUAUUGAAUUAUAUUCAUCAAUUAAGCACACUUCAAAAAGUACCCGUUAACCAUAUGAAUUUACAUUUAAUAAUAAUUAUACAUUUAUUCGAAUUAUAUUUAACCAUUCUAUUUAUAACACGACUUCGAGUUGGAACAUAUUGUAUAUAAAACGACGGCAUAAAACAUUAGUAGUAAACAGAAACGACAAUACAGAGAGAGGUGAUGAUGGACAGAGUUCGAAGAGUCCAUUGUCAAAUCUCAGUUAAAAUAAUAAUUGUAUAUUGACUAAAAUUACGUCUUUCUCACGAUCAUUUGCUGUAACACGUUUACUGUAAUUAAAAAUUAUUUGAAUUUUACUAAUUCUAGGACUUUAUCCACAGCGACAUCUUGGAAAAACACUCGUAGAAAUGCGUCCCAUAUUGCAUAAUCUUUCCGAAAAAUAUGGCAUAAAUAUAUGUGGCGAAGGUGGUGAAUACGAAACAUUGACACUAGAUUGUUCAUUAUUUAAGAAACGUAUAGUCAUUGAUCAUUUCAAAAUUGUGCUUGGCUCUGCCGAUGUUGGCUAUUUGAAAGUUGAACAAGCUCAUCUAGAAGAUAAAUCAGAUGGAUUAUGA